AUGAGCCAAUAUUCCGCCGAACUCAAGGUCGCCAAGGACGCUGUGCGACGAGCCAGUGCUCUGGCUGCUUCAAUCGCUUCCACCAUCGCCACAGACACAUCUGGACAGGUGACCAAAAGCGACACUAGUCCUGUGACUGUUGCGGACUACGGAGCCCAGGCUAUCAUCAUUGGAACCAUCAAGAAGGCCUUCCCCAGUGAUCCCGUGGUUGGAGAGGAGGACGCCGACGUGCUUCGAAAGGACGAGGGUCUACGAACCAAGGUGUGGGAUCUGGUCAAAGGCCAUCGAAGCUCCUCCGCCGACGCCCUCGACGACACAAACGCUAUGCUCGACGCCAUUGACUGGGGCAAGUACGAGGGAGGCAACACUGGCCGAAUGUGGGCUCUUGAUCCCAUUGAUGGUACCAAGGGAUUCCUUCGAGGAGGUCAGUAUGCCGUUUGUCUUGCUCUGAUUGUUGAUGGCCAUGUCAAGGUCGGUGUCAUUGGAUGUCCCAAUUUGAGCACGAUCCCCACUCAGGUUGCCACUCAGGAAAAAAAAGAUCUGGGUGUUCUUGCUAGCGCCAUCAAGGACCAAGGAGCUUUCAUUGAGCCCCUCAGUGGGGAGUCAGACCCCUCUCCCAUCCACUUCCGACACCUCCACAACACUGCCGAAGCUACCUUCUGCGAGUCUGUCGAGGCCGGCCACUCUUCCCAUUCCGAUCAGGCACAGAUCGCCCAGAAGCUCGGCAUCACAAAGGAGGGCGUUCGAAUGGAUUCCCAGGCAAAGUACGUGGCUGUGUCGCGAGGACAGGCCGACAUCUAUCUCCGACUGCCUGUCAGCGCCACCUACCAGGAGAAGAUCUGGGACCAUGCCAGUGGAAACAUUCUUGUUACCGAGGCCGGAGGAACCGUCACCGACAAGGACGGCAACGCUCUCAACUUUGGCGUGGGCCGAACCCUCAAGGAGAACAAGGGCGUGAUUGUGGCCGAAAAGUCCAUCUUCCCUAAGGUGCUGGAGGCUGUCAAGCAGGUUCUUGGUUGA